AUGUCGUCUCCCAAAUCACUCUUCCAACAACAACAGCAGCAGCUAUCUUACCGCCGCGGCGCGCGUUGCCUGUGCCAUCUACCCGGUCCUGCGGGAAGCCGACGCGACGCACGCGCCAGUCCCCCCCCCCCCCCCCCCCCCCCCCCCCCCCCCGCCGGCCCCCGCCCCUCCGCCGAGUCCCUCGGCGAGCUCCUCCUCGGCGACCGCAUCCAGUCCUCCCCCUACCUCUUCCGCAUGCGCCUCAACGCCUCCCGCACCUUCCUCUGCUCCUCUCCCCCGCUCUCCCCCCGCGACUUCGCCCUCCUCCGCCAACGCGUCGACGCCGCCUACUCCGCCAACCUCGUCCUCGACAACCUCCCCGCCAUCAACGUCGCGUCCGAGCAACGCGGCUUCCCCAUCGGAGCCCGCCGCGGCGACGACUACUUCAUCUUCAAUCACCUCAAGUUCACCGUCCGCGUGCACGGCGACGCCGACGACGGUGAUCGGAUGACGACGACUCUCAUCCCCGGCACCGGCGACGUCGCCGUCGAGCAGCUGAUCCCGAGGAACGCCACCGACGAGGAGGAGGAGGAGGAAUUCAUGGUCGUCGGAUUCGAAGUCGCGCCGUGCAGCGUCCGGCACGACCGGAAACUCGCGGAGCGACUAGACAUGUACGACGAAUACCCGGCGCCGAUCGAGUGCGACGCCAGGUCGCCGGGGAUGCGGGUGGCGGCCGGUGAGCGGGUGGCGUUCACGUACGACGUCGAGUUCGUCGGCAGCGCGGUGCGGUGGCCGUCGCGCUGGGACGCGUACCUGCGGUCGGAGGGCGGCGCCGAGAGGGUGCACUGGCUGUCGAUACUCGGCUCGCUCGCCGUGGUGGCGAUGCUCGCCGCCGUGGCGGUGGCAAUUAUGCUCCGGACCGUCCGCCGCGACCUGGCGCGGUACGAGGCGCUGGACGCGGCGGCGGAGGCGAAGGACGGCGAGCUGUCCGGAUGGAAGCUCGUCGCGGGGGACGCCUUCCGCCCGCCGAGCUGCCCGCUCCUGCUCUGCGUGCUCGUCGGCGAGGGGGUGCAAAUUCUCGGCAUGGCGGCGGCCACCAUCUUUUUCGCGGCCCUCGGGUUCAUGUCGCCCGCGGCGCGCGGCGCCCUCAUCUCCGGAAUGCUGCUCUUCUUCCUCGUCCUCGGGACCGCGGGCGGGUACGCCGCGGCCCGGCUAUGGAAGACGCUCAACUCCGGAGACCCCGCCGGGUGGCCCGCGGUGUCGUGGCGCGUCGCGUGCGCGUUCCCGGGCUUAGCGUCUUUCAUUCUCGCCGUCCUCAAUUGCCUUCUCUCGGCCAGCCAUAGCACGGGGGCCCUCCCCUCGUCUCUCCUUACUUUCUUGCUCUUCACUUGGUUCUGCAUUUCCGUGCCGCUGACUCUCGUCGGCGGUUUCUUCGGUGCGAAAGCACCGCACGUCGAAUUCCCGACGCCCACUAACCAGAUACCGCGGGAGGUCCCCAUGCGGAGGUACCCCCCGUGGCUGCUGGUGCUCGCGGCGGGGGCGCUGCCCUUCGCGACGCUAUUCGUCGAGCUGCUCUUCAUUUUCUCCAGCCUUUGGAUGGGCCGGGUGUACUACGUGUUCGGGUUCCUACUGCUGGUGUUGGGCCUCUUCGUGGUCGUCUGCGCGGAGGUCGCGCUGGUGCUCACUUACGUGCACCUCUGCGCGGAGGACUGGCGGUGGUGGUGGAAGGCGUUCUUCGCGCCGGGGUCGGUCGCGGUGUACGUGCUCGUGUACGCGGUGAAGUACCUAGUUUUCGACCUCAAGAGCCUCAGCGGGCCCGUGUCGGCCGCGCUCUACCUGGGGUACUCCCUACUGAUGGUCCUCGCCGUCAUGCUCGCCGCCGGCACCGUCGGCUUCGUCUCGUCGUUCUGGUUCGUGCACUACCUCUUCUCGUCGGUGAAGAUCGAUUGAUAUCGCGUGCGAAAAAAAUAGAAAGAAAGAAAGAAAAGAAGAAGUAUAUAUAGAAAAAGAAACUUCUUGAGCUGCUAGUGGUAGCAGAUCAUUGCAAACACAAUGUAAAUCAUUUGAGCUGUUGUUAUUCUUCAUCUGCAUCAAACUAUAGUUUACCUUUUUUUCUUUUCUUUUUUUUUAAAACUCUCCCUACAAAGAAGCAAUAGUAUUGUUGAUAAAAAAUCAAUUUUUUUC